AUGACGACCUGUAUUUCACCGGAACUAUUCGAUUAUUCAAGUGAUCGUACAAGUAUUUCUCAACUGUCCAACAUAUUAGGCUAUAAAUUCAUGGAUGCCUACAUAGGACUCACAGCAAAUCAGAAGCUCCAGACUGAAUUAUAUAUUCUAUCAUACUUGCUCAAAGAUCGAGUUUAUCCCGAUGAUCUUUGGCACCUAGUCGGGGAGCGCAGUAUAGAGGCGAAGCAAGAGGAAACCUUGGGCAGGCACCAGACCAUCUGUCAUAGUGGUGACGGUGGAAGGCACGCGGCCGUGGAGCGAUUUCUCAUGGAAGAGAGGAAGAAACGGUGCAAUAUGGAGGUGUCUUUAUACUCGCAGGCUAUCGGAAUGUUGGAGCAACUCCGGAUGCCACAUAUCAGAGCGCCAGCCAAGCAUGAGAUCAGAAUUCCCUCAGCAACCUCGAGGCAUGCGGCUGCACGUUUACCAUGUGUACCUUUACCCUGUGCACCUUUGGCUUGCUCGAUUGCUACGCGAGACACAUGUGAAGCUUGGUCAAAAAGGAAUGGUACAAAUUCCAUCAUGGCCGCAGGACUUUUUGGUAAAUCCUGUCUAUUCCCCGCUUCCCAUAGGGCAAGGUCAGCAUCCGUCAUUCUGAUGCGCAUCAGCCCCUCGUUGCCCCUGCUGAGCACAUGGGUCACCGCCGAAAUACAAGAAGCCUUUUACGAUGCAUUUCGAAUGGAACUGCGCAUGCAGGCGGAGCUGAUGAAGAAGUCCGUUGCUACUAGGCGUAGCAACGCCUACUUACGCAAUCUUGGGCUAGAUCUACUCAUUCUGCAGGCCAAGAUGCGCCGCGCCAAAGCUGAAAUUCAGCUCUAUACACUAGCCAUUCAAAACACCUAUGAAUCUGACACUUCUGACCGCAGUUCACAGACAUCCUGGGGUCAAACUAUCCCACAGCCUCCGCCCCCAGAGGCACAGAACUGCUAUGCCGAGGACAUCGAUGAUGUCAUAGACGACUGUGACGAUGAUGGCACAGACGACUGUGACGACGAUGACACAGACGACGACUGGCACGGAUGA